GUGAACCCUUGGGCGUUAUCACUGCCAUCAUUCCAGUCAAGUCACAUGUCACUUCUGACGCCUGUUAUUGGACAGGGACGGGGGGUUUUUACAUAUUUUAAAGCACUUAUCGACUCGUUCCUGGAUUCUCAUCUACACUUGCUGCUGGGAUCUGCAGGAAGGAGAAGAUCACUUCAGCUCUAGUUCAAUUGUUCUGUGGUAGAAACCCUGUUCCCAACAAUAUUCACUUUGAUUCCAGGACCAUGGAUUCUGACAGUUCUCUGGACGUGGUGAACUCUGCCCUGUACAGGUACAAGAAGACAAACUUUCUGUUUAAGGACCCAAUGAGACCCAAGGACCUGGAUGCUCUCCUGGACCUGGAACUGCGUCCAACUGACGUCUUCGUGGUCACGUAUCCAAAAUCAGGUACGGUGUGGAUGCAGCAGAUCCUGGUCCAGAUCAUGGACGCAGCUCACCCUGAACAGGCAGAAGAUCUGAUCAACAGGAACCGUGUUCCUUGGGUGGAAGACAGGCUUUUUGAUGAGCCCUUCCGAGAUCGUCCUGAUCCUCGGUACUUUGGCUCCCACCUUCCGGUGGACAUGUUGCCGCGUGAUGUGAAAAACAAGAAUCUGAAGGUCGUGUAUGUUUGGAGGAACCCCAGAGACGUCCUGGUCUCCCUGUAUCACUUCUCCGAGGCCUGGGUCUUUCUGGAAUCACCAAAGAGUUUUGAGGAUUUCUUCCAGGACUUUCUGAACGGUGAUGUGUACAUGGGCUCAUGGUUCGAUCAUGUGAGAGGAUAUCAGGCAGAACGCGACCGACUCCAGAUCCACUUCAUGAAGUUUGAAGACAUGUUGAAGGACCUGAGAGGAGAGGUGGAGAAACUGUGUCUGUUCCUGGGACAUUCUUUAACAGAGGAGCAGAUGGACAGAGUGGUGGAGACCUCCACCUUCAACAACAUGAAGGUCAACCCUAAGGCCAACUACAAGGAUCUGGUGGAGAAGGAACGCUACUCCAAGAACACCAUGCGCAAAGGUGUAGCAGGCGACUGGAAGAAUCACUUCACAGUCGCUCAGAAUGAACGCUUCGAUCAGGUUUUCAAGGAGAAGAUGAGAGACGUCUCUCUAAGCUGCAGCUGGGAGUAGAAUCAACCAGUCUGAUCAAUCAACCAGUCUGAUCAAUAAACCAGUCUGAUCAAUCAACCAGUCUGAUCAAUAAACCAGUCUGAUCAAUCAACCAGUCUGAUCAAUAAACCAGUCUGAUCAAUCAACCAGUCUGAUCACGCUCUCAUCCACAUUUAUUUGAUUUGGAAAAAAAAUCUCUAGAUGUCUAGAGAUUCACUAAACCACAGAACACAUGGUUUAAUGCUGUAAUACCAGAGAGACUAGAGUGGGUUCUCAAUGGAAGUCAAUGUUUUUUUUAAUGAAACUCAAUGGGUUUUAAUGGAAAACAAUGGUUUUCGAGUGGAUGUCAGUUGGGUUUAAAUGAAGUCAAUGUUUUUUUUAAUGGAAGUCAAUGGGGUUUAUCCAGUUUGACGCAGAGACUCCAGAUGCUCAAGGACGCCUGCAAUAAAUACACCUUUAAAUA